AUGGAGAAAAACAAAGUGCUGGCAAAAAAGAGGCUACAGGUUCCCACUCAGAAAAUGAAGGACCUGAGCUCCCCUCUCCCAAAUGAGCAAUCUGCUCUGCCAAAGGGGGGAACAUUGGUCCAUCACCCUACAGAGGCCAUACACCCAGCCCAUCACCGUACAGCCUCAACACCUCUGGUCCAUCACCUGGUGGAGGCCAUGCAGCCAGCCCAUCAGCGUACAGCCUCAACACCAUUGGUCCAUCACCCUUCAGAGGUCAUACACCCAGCCCAUCACCAUACAGCCUCAACACCUCUGGUCCAUCACCUGGCAGAGGCCAUACACCCAGCCCAUCACUGUAUGAUCUCAACACCUCUGGUCCAUCACCUGGUGGAGGCCAUACACCCAGUCCAUCACUGUAUGAUCUCAACACCUCUGGUCCAUCACCUGGUGGAGGCCAUACACCCAGCCCAUCACCGUACAGCCUCAACACCUCUGGUCCAUCACCUGGCAGAGGCCAUACACCCAGCCCAUCACUGUAUGAUCUCAACACCUCUGGUCCAUCACCUGGUGGAGGCCAUACACCCAGCCCAUCACUGUAUGACCUCAACACCUCUGGUCCAUCACCUGGUGGAGGCCAUACACCCAGCCCAUCACUGUAUGAUCUCAACACCUCUGGUCCAUCACCUGGUGGAGGCCAUACACCCAGUCCAUCACUGUAUGACCUCAACACCUCUGGUCCAUCACCUUGGUGGAGGCCAUACACCCAGUCCAUCACUGUAUGAUCUCAACACCUCUGGUCCAUCACCUGGUGAAGGCCAUACACUCAGUCCAUCACUGUAUGAUCUCAACACCUCUGGUCCAUCACCUGGUGGAGGCCAUACACUCAGCUCAUCACCGUACAGCCUCAACACCUCUGGUCAUCACCUGGUGGAGGCCAUACACCCAGCCCAUCACCGUAUAGCCUCAACACCUCUGGUCCAACACCUGGCAGAGGCCAUGCAGCCAGCCCGCAAGAAAAUGCAUGGACACCAUGUCAGGAUUGUAAGGGGGAGUUUGAAAUAA